AUUUUGUUUUAAAAAGAAUACUUUACGGUGCUUUUUUUAAAAGUAUUUUUAAAAUAAUAAAAAUAUUAAUAGAAAAAGUUAUGGCACAGGGUUCUUGCACAGCAAUGUGUCCCCAUCAAGAAAUCAAAGAAAGGGAAAAAAAAGGAAGACUCCAUUUUCUUGAAAUGGUGCAAGGAUCUAACAUAAAAUCACCAGUAGCUGAUUAUGCUAAAUGUGUUAAAGAGUAUGUCCGAUCAGCAGCUGGAAGCAAGAAAACUGAUCCUAAAUUACUUCGAACUCCAGAAGCUCUUUAUAAAACUACAACAUAUUUGUUAGGUUCUGUUCUUGAAACACCUAACCAUCCGAAAUCAUUGGUGUCGAAGACCAGUUUUAUUUCUGAUAGACUGCGCUGUGUUCGUCAAGAUAUCAUAGUACAACAACUGUCAUGGAGAUAUGCUGUUCCAAUACUAGAGCGAAUUAUUCGGUAUCAUAUUGCCGUUUUUAAUUUACUAAUGUAUGAGAGUUUGAACGAUUAUGAUCCAGUUCUUAACAAUGUUCUGCUAGAUUCUUAUAUCGGAGAUUGGUGCGAGUACUACGAUGCUGCUCAACAACAAAAAAAUCAUUUGUAUAAUAGAUAUGAGUUUAUUUCUUAUUAUAUAUUGCUAAAUAUACAAAAUUCGGCCAUUUACUAUAAAGAAUUUGUUUUCAAAAAUUAUCACAAUUGUUGCGGCAUCCAAGAAGAACUUGACAUAAUAAAAGCGUUGUUUGAAUGUUACCAUAAAAGAAAUUACUAUCGCUUUUUUAGAUUGGUUAAAAAAUUAACAUUUCUUCAAUCGUGUUGUUUGAUCAAAAUGUACAAUAUUAUUAGAAUAAAUUUUCUUAAGCAACUUAAUGUCGCCUAUAGCAACAAAUCGUUAAAAUUUCCGCUAGAUAAACUGAAAGAAUGGAUGCUUUUUAACUCAACUGACGAUACCAGAAUAUUUUUAAAUGCGUGUGGAUUUUCUGUUCCUUCAACUGUUUUGUUUUUAUACUUUGACAAAAAUAUAGUUGUAAAAGACUUAAGUGCAGUCGAGCUUAAUGAAUUAAAUUCUACUCUUUCUUCAGAAAUGCUUUUUCGAGAAAAUCCAUUAGAAUCUAAAUACUUAGUAGACAUAAUUAAUAAAAAUGACGAUGACGUUUAGCAAAAUUAUUUUCAGCCUUUUUUUUCCUUUUUGUUU